AUGCACAAGCCUGACAAGGAGAAAAUUACGUUCAUGAUCGAGCGAGGCACCUACUGUUACAAAGUCAUGCCUUUUAACCUCAAGAACACAAGAAUUACUUACCAACGAUUGGUAAACAUGAUAUUCAAGAAGCAAAUUGGAGUAACCAUGGAGGUUUACAUUGAUGACAUCAUGAUGAAGGUCUCAGAAGUAGCAGUGAGCUCUGCCCACAUGCGAGAAGAGCUGGGGGCUAAACUGCCGGUAUUUUAUACUUCUAAAGCUCUUCUCGAUGCGAAAACUAGAUAUCCGAAGAUCGAGAAAUUAAUCUUGGUGCUAGUUGUUGCGGCUCGGAAGCUCAAACCAUAUUUUCAAGCUCAUAUAGCCAUCGUCAUGACUCAAUAUCCUCUACGAUUAAUCCUAAAUGGUUCAUAUGCUUUUCAACAAAUAAUGAAAUGGGCAUUGGAACUUGGCCAAUACGGCAUAGUUUACUGA